UACAAAGACGGAGAUCCACAUCAAGGUGUCAUUCCACCUGCGCAAUUGAACAUGCUAGAACGAGAUAUACCGAGAAAAGCUCCAAUGCUUUCAACAAAACCUCUUGCAUACCCCUCAGGUAGAUAUGAAAGUCAUGGAGGAUGGUCUAGAGCGUCAAAUGGAUCAAAAACUCGCAUAGAGGACGCGAUGGAUCCCGACGCCCAGCCAUUGGAUCGGGACUGGAGACCAGAUCCUUACAAUUUUUGGAAGCCACCCAAAUUCAACAUGCCACAUUCUCGCGGAUUUACGAGAAAACCUGCUGCUUCAACUAUGCCUCGAGUCCAAUUCCCUUUCAAUGACCCAACUCGCUUCAGUGGUGAUUCAAAUGAUAAAGCCCGCGAUGCAGUCAACGAGAAGCGAAGAAGGCUGGUCAGAAAUGCAUUCUUGCAUUCUUGGGAGGCUUAUAAGGCCAACGCAUGGGGUCAUGACGAAGUCAGACCAGUUUCUGGUGAAUUUUCGGAUAGCUUCAAUGGCUGGGGUGCGACAAUCGUAGAUGCUCUAGACACUCUUUUGAUCAUGGACCUACCAGGAGAAUACGAUUUGGCAAGACAGCAUGUUUACGACAUCGAUUUUCACUUUGUCGGCGGCUCUAGAAGUGCGUACGGAAGCAGUGAUGGACGUGUGCCAGUAUUCGAAACAGCAAUCAGAUACCUAGGUGGCUUCCUUUCAGCUUAUGAUCUUUCUGGGGAUACGCUGAUGCGUGAUCGGGCUGAAGAAUUGGCACAGCUCAUCUUGCCGGCAUUCGAAACAAUGACAGGUGUACCGAUCGGACGUCUCAAUCUGAACAAACCCGGUAAUCCGUUCCCGCCAAGUAGUGUAAUCGUUGCCGAGGCAGCAAGCAUGCUUGUCGAAAUGACACGUUUGUGGCAAGUGACAGGAAACCGAACAUACUUUGAUAAAGUUCAACGAACGACAGAUUGGCUACAGUACAACAUGACUGGAUCGCCAGAUCGAUUGGGUGCGCUAUUACCUUCUACUAUCUUUCCCGAACGUGGAACGAUGUACGGUUGGUAUUCAUGGGGCGGUAUGAUUGAUUCUGCGUUUGAAUAUUUGAUCAAAGAACAUCAGCUUUUGGGCGGACGAUUGGAUCAGUACGGGAAAUUCUUUGCUGAUUCCGUUGAUAGCGCUCAUCGCUGGCUAUUGCGUGGAAUUAAUUCUGUUCCCAAUACACCUCUUUUGGUCAUGGGUCAAAGUAACGGCAGAUCGUAUACACCGAAAUUGGAACAUUUGACAUGUUUCACUGGAGGCUCUAUCGGAAUGGGAGCCAAGCUUCUUUCGAGAAAGAAUGACCUGGACAUUGCACGUCGUGUGACAGAGGCAUGUUAUUGGGCCUACAACUCCACAGAAACUGGAAUUGGUCCAGAAGAGAUUACAUUUUAUCGAGACAAGGAUAUCGACAGAUUCGAAGUAGCAACUUUAACUGGCGGAACUUCUCGUCGUGGUCGUCCACGUGGUUCACCCGUCGUUGGCGUUCGUAGUGUUUCACCGGAUUAUCGUAAUCGACCUGAAACGAUUGAAAGUGUGUUUUAUAUGUGGCGUAUAACCGGUGAUCCUCAAUGGCAAGAACGGGGUUGGCAAAUGUUUUGUUCUUGGGUAACGCAUAGUAUGACCAAACAUGGAUUUGCUGCGAUCAGUAACGUUCUUCACGUUCCGGCAAUGUUGUACGAUUCUAUGGAAAGUUAUGUUUUCGCAGAAACGUUCAAGUAUUAUUACUUGCUCUUCUCUCCACCAAACCUAAUUUCUUUGGACGAAUACGUCUUCUCAACCGAAGCACAUCCUCUUCUCUUGCCCAAGAAUGGCAAAUGGGGACAACCAGGUCAAGGGUCACGAAAGUUCUGGGAUCCGGCGAUGGUACAUGUUCCUGCAAGUGCCGAAGAAUACUCCGGUGGUGAAAUGGGUACCGUUGGAGGAUUGACGAGAGCACAAAAGCAUUUCAUCUAUGAAACAUGGCAA